AUGAAGUGUUUACUAAUCCAUCUUAUUGUUUUCGUUGUUUUUGUUCAUUCGGAUACGACUAAACGUUUGUUUUUACCUCAAUUACCGAUGGGUGAAUACCGAGUAAAAAUGGUAGCAAUUAUACGUUGUGAACAAAGCCAGACGAAUAAUUUAAUGAAGCUCAAUUAUUACAUAAGCAAAACGUCGAUAAACACCACAGAUAUGAAAGGAAACAUGACCUUUCUUAUACCACUUGAUGAUUCUUUAAAUGUUGAAAUAAAUGGAGCGGUAAAAGAUUCUAUUGGUGGUUGGAAGGAAAAUGCUCAUAUUUUUAAGCAACCUAAAGCUUGCUCUGCACUCAAGAAAAUGUUGGGGAAUACUUGGCAUAACAUAACGGAAAGUUUAGGAAUGCACAAUACACCUGGUUGUCCUAUUCCCGCGGGUACUUAUGUUUCAUCUGGUAUGAAGAAAAGUGACGACUUUUUUUCAAAUUUACCUAAGCAAUUUUUUUAUGGAACAUAUAAAGUACGUUUUCAAUUCACCAGAAACAAGAUGGUCAUUGGCUGUUCAAUUUCUGUUGUAGAGGUGAAGCGGCCUUGGGAAACUGCUUAA